AUGUCUCCCAAAAGAUCAGCAAAUAUCACAGCAAAUAUCACAGUGAUCCUCAUUUUACUGGCAGUAUUUAACACUGUGGAUUUAACACUCUCUCCAUCAGGCCACCAGAUACCAGCUUCAUCUGGACAAGAAGGUCAGAAGGGGACGGUGGAUCAGCAGGUUGUAGGGCACAAAGUGAGUAAAUUGACCUGUAGUCCCACCUGCAGUGGAAAUUGUUUCUACAGCUGGUUCAGAGAUGAUCAUCGCUGGAUCCCAGACCACCGGUACACAGGGGGAGGUUACUGGCAGAGCACUCCAACUAACCUAGGAUGUUCAACUACUGCCACAGUUUGGAUCAAAUCCACCAGUCCAUCUAUUCAGGACAGAUACUCCUGUAAUAUCAGUAACUACAUCCAGCCUCCUUCAGAUUGUGAACUGGGUGAGAAACAGUGGGGAGUGACUUACACUCCUGAUAGUGUGUGUGCUCUGGAAGGUUCAUCAGUUCGUCUCUCCUGCUCCUAUAAAUACCCUGGAGGACUCAGAGUGACUGAAUCAUUCUGGUUCAUUAAUGAGCAGCAUGUAGAUCUGCGAGAUGAUGAUCAGUAUAAGGGGAGAGUGCAGUAUUACCAGACUCAGCUCUACCACACAGUGAGAAUCACUGAUCUGAGAGCGAGCGAUUCUCAGAUAUAUAAGUUCAGAUUCAUCACUGAUGAUCCUGGUGGUAAAUACAUUGGCAGCUCUGGAGUCAGUCUGUCUGUCACAGGUAGUUCUGGAUUAUAUAAAACAAGUUUAUUUAACUAUGAGAGAUUUCUACAGAUAAAAUUAGACUAAAUCAUGUUUAA